GUUUGUUAACUGACUGGCCGAAGUUUGCCUCCCUCGGGCUUGCUGGAGAGGAGUGGCAGUUUCUGAGUCCGAAAGCGCAGUGAGCCACAGACCGAUACGGAUUUGUAGAAUCCGGGCCCUUGAUAAUUGGAAAAAUGGCGAUGACAUUUUUGGAAGACUGGUGCCGCGGAAUGGAUGUGAACUCCCAGAGAGCCCUGCUGGUUUGGGGGAUCCCUGUGAACUGUGAUGAGGCUGAAAUCGAAGAGACCCUCCAGGCUGCGAUGCCCCAGGUUCCCUAUCGAGUGCUUGGGAGAAUGUUCUGGAGGGAAGAAAAUGCAAAAGCAGCCUUGUUAGAGCUCACUGGGGCCGUCGAUUAUGCCGACAUCCCCAGGGAGAUGCCGGGUAAAGGGGGACUCUGGAAAGUGGUCUUUAAGCCGCCGACUUCUGAUGCAGAGUUUUUGGAAAGGUUGCACCUCUUCCUAGCGAGGGAGGGGUGGACCGUGCAAGAUGUUGCCCGUGUCCUUGGGUUUCAGAACCCCGCUCCGAUCCCGGGCCCAGAAAUGCCAGCAGAGAUGCUAAACUAUAUUUUGGAUAAUGUUAUUCAGCCUCUUGUCGAGUCCAUAUGGUACAAGAAGCUGACACUGUUCUCGGGGAGGGACAUCCCCGGGCCUGGAGAGGAGACCUUUGAGCCCUGGCUGGAGCACACUAAUGAGGUUAUAGAAGAGUGGCAGGUGUCUGAUGUAGAAAAGAGGCGGCGGCUGAUGGAGAGUCUUAGGGGCCCUGCGGCUGAUGUCAUCCGCAUCCUCAAGAUUAACAACCCUGCCAUAACCACCGCCGAGUGCCUGAAGGCGCUGGAGCAGGUGUUUGGGAGCCUGGAGAGCUCCAGGGAUGCACAGGUCAGAUUUCUGAACACCUACCAGAACCCGGGAGAAAAGUUGUCAGCGUAUGUCAUUCGUCUGGAGCCUCUGCUACAGAAGAUGGUGGAGAAGGGGGCCAUAGAUAAAGAUAAUGUGAACCAGGCCCGCCUGGAGCAGGUCAUUGCUGGGGCCAACCACAGUGGGGCCAUCCGGAGGCAGCUGUGGCUGACUGGGGCUGCAGAAGGGCCAGCUCCUAACCUCUUCCAGCUGCUGGUGCAGAUCCGUGAAGAGGAGACCAAGGAGGAGGAAGAGGAGGCUGAGGCCGCCCUCCUGCAGUUAGGCCUGGAGGGGCACCUCUGAGUCUCAGAGAGGGCCCCUGCGGGCAGUCCUCCAUCACAGCUGCUGCUUUGUCUCUUGUUUCACAUUGAUAGGAGUUUCUUAGUAGUUGAAGACUUAGUGGUGUUGGGGGAGGAGAGGGUUCAGUUCUUCAUGUGACAUUUGGAAUAUCUUUCCAGUGAGCACCUUGAGCUGCUACAAGUGAGUCAUGCUAGCCGCAGUGCCAGGUAGAGGCUCGGCCACAGUGCCCAGUGCAAGCUGUUGUGGUGGCAUUACCAGUUGUGCCAAGCGUGAAUUUGAGACACUUGCCACAUGAACUUGCAUGUUCAGAUGUUUAGAGCAAGGCCUGGCUAACUCAAGAAGUGUUGAGUAAAAGUGUGAGCUGUUCUGUUACUAAUAUGGUGAAUUUGUGUGUGUGUGUGUGUUUACUGUAAAUUUUUCCUGGAAAGAAAUGUUAAUUUAUUAUAUAUUAGUUACCCAACUUCACAGUACAAAUACCUUAUUUCCGUUUAAUGGAAAAGUAUUCUGAGACUACAAAAUGAGGUGUUAGAAAAAUACAGCAUUUAUAGAGCUGUGUAAAUCAUAGUUUUUCAUUCUAUAAGAUACAGUUUAAUUGCAUGGGGAGAUUAGUGUGAACCAGUUAUGUGUCCAUUCCCCCAUUUCAAAUCUUUGUCAUUGUUCUUGUUUAUGCUGCCAAUUCUGUAACUGUUCUAAACAAAGAUAAAUAGUUAACUAAUAAAAAUAUUUUGAAAGUUGUAUAGUUUGACUUUCUGACAUAAAAAUUUCUCUAUAGUUAAACUCAUUAUCCUCUUCUCUUAGGAUGACUUAAUGUUAUUUUUAAAAAUCUUAUCUAGAUUAUUUUAUAUCUAAGGCUUUAUAGCAUACUGUGCAAACUUAAAUUGCAAUAUCUUUUAAUGUAUUCAAUUUUUGCAUGUUGUUUACAGGCAAAUGUUAGAAGACUAAAUAAAGGUAAAUAUGUCCUGAAAAUCCUGGUGUCAGUUUAG